AGCAGCAGUGCAGAACCCUGUAGCUGGCCAGAACGGAUUGAGAACAUGCAGAGCGUGACGUGGUUGGUACUAUUGCUGGUGACAGCUGCGCACAGCACCGCCGGUGGGGUGUCGCCGCCUGCCUUGUCGGAAGUGAGUGGGCGCAUAAUCAACGGGGAGCCUGCAGCCCUGGGGGAGUUCCCUGCACAGCUGUCCCUGCAGAAGAAUGGUCACCACUCGUGCGGAGCGUCCAUCCUCAGCGACUACUGGGCGCUGACUGCGGCUCACUGCGUUUACGCACUUGUUAGUGGCACCGUUCUGGAGUUGCUAUCAGGCACCAUCACUCUGGACGAGGGAGGCACCCGCCACUCCGUAACGUCCAUCGUCAUCCACCCGCAGUACGAUGAGUCCGACUCCUGGGUCAACGAUGUCGCAGUGCUUAGGGUGUGGAUGCCGUUCCCGCUGAACAGUGAGACAGUGGCGCCGAUCCAGCUGCCUGAGCAGGGAGAGGACACACCUGCCGGAUCGCCAGUCACCGUGGUCGGUUGGGGGCGCCUUUCGUUCGACGGGAACAUCUCGAACAGCCUGCAGAAGGUGGACAUCGAGGUGUGGGACCGAGACCUGUGCUCGUUGCUCUUCGAGGACGGCUUUCAGUCUCCGGUCUACCUCACGCAGAUCUGCGCUGCUGGCGUCGACGAACGGGGGUCGUCUUGUGACGUGAGUACAGCUCCAAUCCAGUUUCAGGGCGACUCUGGAGGCACCCUGCUGCUUGAGGGCGUCGUCGUGGGUCUGGUGUCGUGGUCCUACCGCUGCGCCACCCCUCCCUACCCCACAGUCUACACCAGGGUCUCCAGCUACGUCGAUUGGAUCGGCCAGCAGAUCAGCGUCGGACGUACGGCUCCAGGCCUUCACUGA